AAUCUAAAGUAGUCGAUUCAAGGAUGUGGUUGAAGAUUAUCGUGUGUAUGUGCUUGGCCAAUGUGUGGGCGAAUGUUGGCGCAGAUAACUGCAAAUUAAAUGAUAUCAUUUCCAACGGUGAUCUUGUUUUCAACGAUUUGUCGCACAAAUUUGAUGAGAAAACUGUCUAUUGGCCGUAUGUGAAACCAUUUGCGUUUACCAAGAAAACUGCUGAAAAUAGAGAAGAUGGCUGGUAUGCAUCGAAUGAGUUCGAGGCCGGGGAACAUGGUGGAACACACAUGGAUGCACCGUAUCACUUCUACAAAGAAGGCAAAUUCGUUGGCGAAAUACCUAUGGAGAAGCUCAUCCUGCCUCUAAUAAUAGUCGAUAUCAGCUCACGCGUCAAUGACGAUCCGAAUUUUGUGCUCAACAAACAUCAUUUGGACUAUUUGCUUAACGACAACAAUGGGAAACCCUGCAUGAUCAUAUUCAAGUUCGGUUGGAGCAAGUUUUACGGCGAUAAACAGAAAUACUUGGGUAUGAAUGAGACAGCUGGUACGCUCAACUUUCCCGGUCUCAGCCAAGAGGUAGCCGAAUGGAUAACGACAUCGUACAAGAACGUAGUCGGUAUAGGCGUAGACACGCCCUCCUUGGACCCGGGCAGCAGCACCACCUUCCCUGUUCACAGGACCACUAUGGCUGCUGGCUUGUACGGCAUGGAGAACGUUAAGCUCGACACCCCAGUUCCAGAGUAUGGUUGCACUGGCGUCGCAAUGCCUAUGAAGAUAGCAAAGGGCACUGGAGGACCACUCCGGCUAGCUGCCAUAUGUCCAAAGACAAUACCGACAACGUUUUAAGAACAAGAUUGUGUCCUAGUUGGGAAAUGAAAAUGUACCCUUA